AUGUCCACUCUUGAGGAACUCGCUGACCAACAAAACCCAGAAGAUGAAGAAAUAGAUCAAGAAAUCUUAAAUUCUACAACAGAUGAUAUAAACAGUCGUACUAGACUUCUAGAUAAUGAUAUCAAAAUUAUGAGAUCUGAAUUACAAAGAUUAUCACACGAUAAACAAGUGAUGCUUGAUAAAGUUAAAGAUAACAAGGAAAAGAUUGAUAAUAAUAGACAAUUGCCAUACCUUGUGGGUAACAUUGUGGAAUUAUUAGAUGUUGAAGCAGAAGAAGAAGCUCAAAAACAAGGUGCAAAUAUUGAUUUAGAUUCAACAAGAGCUGGUAAAUCAGCGGUUGUUAAAACAUCUACAAGACAAACAAUUUUCUUACCAUUAGUUGGUCUUGUUGACCCAGAAACUUUAAAACCAAAUGAUUUAGUCGGUGUUAAUAAAGAUUCAUAUUUAGUUUUAGAUACAUUACCAGCAGAAUAUGAUUCAAGAGUGAAAACUAUGGAAGUUGAUGAAAAACCAAAAGAAACUUACUCAGAUAUUGGUGGGUUAGAUAAACAAAUUGAAGAAUUAGUGGAAGCUAUUGUGUUACCAAUGAAACAAGCUGAAAAAUUCAAAAAAUUAGGUAUAAAAGCUCCAAAAGGUGCCUUAAUGUAUGGUCCUCCAGGUACAGGUAAAACUCUUUUAGCAAGAGCUUGUGCUGCUCAAUCAGAUGCAACUUUCUUAAAAUUAGCUGCUCCUCAAUUAGUUCAAAUGUUUAUUGGUGAUGGUGCCAAAUUGAUUCGUGAUGCAUUUGCCUUAGCAAAGGAAAAAGCUCCAACUAUUAUAUUUAUUGAUGAAUUAGAUGCUAUUGGUACAAAGAGAUUUGAUUCUGAAAAAUCAGGUGAUAGAGAGGUUCAAAGAACCAUGUUGGAAUUAUUAAAUCAAUUGGAUGGUUUUGGUUCAGAUGAUCGUGUUAAAGUUUUAGCUGCUACAAAUAGAGUUGAUGUUUUAGAUCCUGCCUUAUUAAGAUCUGGUAGAUUAGAUAGAAAAAUUGAAUUCCCAUUACCAUCAGAAGAAGCAAGAGCUUCAAUUUUACAAAUUCAUGCAAGAAAAAUGACUGUUGAUGGUGCUAUUAACUGGCAAGAAUUAUCAAGAUCAACUGAUGAAUUUAAUGGUGCUCAAUUAAAAGCCGUUGUUGUCGAAGCUGGUAUGAUUGCUUUAAGAAAUGGUCAAUCAAGUGUAAAACAUGAAGAUUUCAUCGAAGCCAUUGGUGAAGUUCAAGCAAGAAAAACCAAAUCAGUUUCAUUCUACGCAUAG